GAGGUUUACAGAAAAGAGAUUUCCUCCACAGAAAAUAAGCCAUACCCACACAAGAUAAAGACUUCUUCUCAUCCUCACAAUAAAUAAAUAAAUAAUUUUUUUGUUAAAAAAAGGAGAGCAACAACACCCCCACUUCCAACUCUAUUACUCAGAGAAUACUACAUUCUCAAAAAUCCAAAAAAAUGGCAAGCUCUGCAAACCAUAUCAUUCUAUGCAACACCACCACCAUCACCACCAAGCCCAUGCAACUCCAACGCUGUCGUACCACCCAUACAUCAACCACCACCGCCGGCGAUGACAAGCCAACAAAAAGCAGCCGGCGAUGGGCCAUAAUGUUGACAGUCCUGGCCACAUCAUCCACAACACCACUUCUAAGAACCCCGCCGAGCCGUGCACAGAGCUGGGGCACUCACUCGUUCAUGAAGGAGAAGUACUUCAUGCCGGAUAUUUCACCGGAGGACUCUGUGGCCAGAAUCCGGCAAACCACUGAAGGCAUGCAUGAGAUGCGGCACAUGCUCGACACCAUGUCAUGGAGGUAUGUUAUGUUCUACAUCAGACUCAAAGCGGCGUACCUUGAGACUGAUCUCAAGAACGCCAUGACCGUUGUGCCAAAGCCUAAGCAUCAGUCUUACAUUAAGAUUGCCAAUGAAGUAGUUGACAGUAUGACCGAUCUUGAUCGGUUUGUACGAACUCCAAAAGUAUAUGAAUCUUACCUCUACUACGAGAAGACAUUGAAGUCACUGGAUGCAUUGGUAGCUUUCCUGGCCUGAAUAAAAACAUUUAGAUAGGUAAGUACAAGGAUGAAAACAAUGACAUGUAUUUUUCAAUUAUAUAAAUAGAUUUGGGUGUUGUGCUUACA